GCCGCUGCUCUGCGCCCUGCUCCGCGCCGCCGCCGACACCAGCACCGGCCGGGGUUGGUUAAAAACUUACGGCUACUUACUUCCAUCUGACAGCCAAAUGUCUGUCUUGCAGUCGGGAAAAGCUGUGCAGUCCGCAGUUGCCACUAUGCAACAGUUUUAUGGGAUCCCAGUAACAGGAGUUUUGGACCAGACAACUAUUGAGUGGAUGAAGAAGCCUCGAUGUGGAGUUCCAGAUCAUCCCCACCUACGCCACAGCCGGAGGAAAAAGCGGUAUGCACUAACUGGACAAAAGUGGAGGCAGAAGCAUAUAACCUACAGUGUACACAACUAUACCCCCAAGGUUGGAGAGAUUGAUACAAAGGCCAUUCGUCAGGCAUUUGAUGUUUGGCAGAGAGUGACACCACUUACCUUUGAAGAGGUCCCUUACCAUGAAAUUAAAAAUGACAGAAAGGAGGCAGAUAUCAUGAUAUUUUUUGCUUCUGGUUUCCAUGGAGACAGCUCUCCGUUUGAUGGAGAAGGUGGAUUCCUAGCUCAUGCUUACUUUCCUGGACCAGGAAUAGGAGGAGAUACUCACUUCGAUUCAGAUGAGCCAUGGACCCUGGGAAAUUCUAAUCAUGAUGGGAACGAUCUCUUUCUGGUUGCAGUCCAUGAGCUGGGACACGCGCUGGGUCUGGAACACUCCAAUGAUCCCAGUGCUAUCAUGGCUCCUUUCUACCAGUACAUGGAAACGCACAACUUCAAACUGCCCCAGGAUGACCUCCAAGGAAUUCAGAAAAUCUAUGGUCCUCCUGUUGAGCCCCUGGAGCCAACCAGGCCUUUACCAACUCUUCCUGUUCGCAGAAUUCACUCCACUUCGGAAAGAAAACACGAGAGACAGCCAAGACCUCCUAGUCCUCCUCUGGGUGAUAGGCCAUCUCCUCCUGGCACGAAACCGAACAUCUGUGAUGGCAACUUUAACACCGUGGCUCUCUUUAGAGGAGAAAUGUUUGUUUUCAAGGAUCGCUGGUUCUGGCGUCUGCGGAACAACCGAGUGCAGGAGGGAUAUCCCAUGCAAAUUGAGCAGUUCUGGAAAGGCCUCCCCGCAAAGAUUGAUGCAGCCUAUGAGCGGUCUGAUGGAAAAUUCGUUUUCUUCAAAGGAGAUAAAUACUGGGUUUUUAAAGAAGUGACAGCAGAGCCAGGCUACCCACACAGUCUGGUGGAGCUGGGGAGCUGCCUGCCCCGGGAAGGCAUCGACACGGCUCUGCGUUGGGAGCCGGUAGGCAAAACCUACUUCUUCAAAGGCGACAGGUACUGGAGGUACAACGAGGACAACAGAGCAACGGACCCAGGAUACCCAAAGCCCAUCACCGUGUGGAGAGGAAUCCCUCAGGCUCCACAGGGAGCUUUCAUCAGCAAAGAAGGCUUUUAUACCUACUUUUACAAAGGGAAGGAGUAUUGGAAGUUCGAUAACCAGAGACUGAGUGUGGAGCCAGGCUACCCCAGGUCAAUCCUCAAAGACUGGAUGGGCUGUAACCAGAAGGAUGUCGAACGAAGCAAAGACAGACGCCUCCCCCACGACGACGUGGAUAUUAUGGUGACAAUAAACGAUGUGCCUAGCACUGUAAAUGCAAUCGCAGUUGUGAUCCCUUGCAUUUUGUCUCUGUGUAUCCUUGUCUUGGUAUACACGAUCUUCCAGUUUAAAAACAAAGAGGUGCAGCAAAAUGUUGUGUAUUACAAAAGACCUGUCCAGGAAUGGGUAUGA